UGUUUGCUAUGCAUGCAUGGUGUGCUGAGGGUUGUUGGCUUGGGAGAGGUUUAUAUCGUGGUUUAUAACACAUAAAGUACAGUUCUUCUCUCCAAAGGUAUUUCAAGAUGAACGUUAUGAAGGAGAUAUCUUUUCUGUGAAGAGAAGGGGUGAAACUUUUCAAGGAGGUGUGUCCACUGUGUAGAGGAGACGUGAUUGGUUUAAAACUCGUCGACGGAACGCUUCCUUCUGCACCAGGGGAAACACAGAAAGACAAAACCUACAAGACGUUGUUUGCGUCUGAUUAGUGUAGCGUAGAUCACCAAGAAGGCGUGUUCAGCAAUACACUCGUCUAUUGUGCGGUUACAAUACCGUCAAGAAAGCGUUCCCAGUGAGCGUUUUGUGUGGUGAAGGAGCACGUUUAUCGUCCUUAAAAGUGUGUCCAGCAUAUGUCUGUGAAGUGAGACGGAUAUCGUCUCUACCUCCGAGGAGGCGUGGCUAGGGGGCGUGGUUGUGUGGUGAGGAGGCGUGGUCGUACGGUAAGAAGGCGUGGUCGUACGGUAAGAAGGCGUGGUCGUGCGGCGAGGAGGCUUUUCGUGCGGUGAGAGGCCGUGUCGUGUGGCUAGGAGGCGUGUCGUGUGGUGAGAAGGCGUGGUCGUGCGGUGAGGGGCCGUGGUCGCAAUGUUGUCAGCACGCAACCAGAUCGUGCCCUACGGGCAGGACGAUGAGCUGAAACGACGGCUGGAGAAGUUGUCCCGGAGCUACGACCUGACCACCAUGAAGAUCUUCAUGACGGUAGAGGCGCUCGGAGAGGCUAACGUCUACAGCACUUAUGAUCUCGAGAAAAAGGUCAAGUGGGAUCCAUUCCUCACGCGGCGGGAAGCCUGCCGCCUAGAUCUGACCCACCAUGACAAGACGCGGGAAAAAUACCAGCACUUCCUCAACACUGUUGGGCGAGAACAGCAAGGGAAGCAAUUCUACCACUCCAUGAUGACUCUCCUACGGGAGAAGGGAGUUGUCGAUCUUUUCCCUCACAAUAACUACGGCAAACACAGCGACGAACUCGACAAUUCCUUCUGUGGACAUUUUUGUAAACUUUUCGACAGAAAAUUCGAAACGUGGUUCGAUUCGUUCCAAGCGAUUAAUAUUCGACUAACCGCUCACGUCAAGGUGUCCAACUUCGUCCGCGUUCUCACAGGCCAAGUAGAUCUUCUGUGUCGUAAAGACGGAAUUUUGUAUGCAAUCAAUGUCAAGGUCACGGGCAUGGCCUCCCCUCGACCUAUGGACGUGAACGAACUCUGUCUCGUGAAGGCCAUGGUGAUUCAAAACGGGCUAGCCGCCCCUGAUCGUGUCAUCUGCGCUCUUCUCGUCUGUCACUUGGGGGAUGACCGACCCGUGCUACGACUGUGGGAGUAUAAGCCCACGACAGAAAUGGACAGAGCCAUCAGGAUGGCGGACAUCGACAACAUGAUAGACGCCGGCAAACUCACGCAGUUCCACGAGAUGUGGAAGGAAAACGUCGUCCCUCCCGGAUCCGGAAGCCAGACCGCUCGUCUGGAUGUGAAUCAAGUGCAGCAUCAAAGGGUUGCUAAUGGCAACGUUGGUGAGAACGAAAGACGAGAACAGGCGUUACCAGCUUCGUAAUGGAUCUCUCCACAGCGGCUGCAGACUUUAAUUUGUUCUUUACAGCAAAUUUCUCCAAGCGCCCCUGUGGACAUGAGUUUGUCUGCGUUCAACAUAGACAUGUAAUUCCAAAA